AUGGCGACAAGUGAUGAUGAACCUAUGCGUUUAUAUGAAGUUUUUCAAAAUUGCUUUAAUAAAAUUGCAAAUAAACAAAGCGUAAGCGAAAAAAAUGGUUACCAGUCCCCUUGUGGAGUACUAGAAAAUGAAAUAUACCCGCCAGAAGAGUAUCCAAUCGACAAUACAACCGAUGGUAGUAGGUACCCAGGAGUGAAAACAAAUGGCCCUAUGCAACAGUCCGAUGUGUAUUACGAUACAAACAAUGGAUCAUGGUAUACACCAGCCCAGGCAUCUUAUUCUAAUCAAGUGUAUCAUAACCCUGCAGGACAUCCUACCGCUCUUUCAACUGCAAGUGAUCCCUUUAAUAUUCAGUCAGGUAUGAUUAAUAACAAAGAUGGCAGUUCAUAUCCCAACACAACACAAACAUUGCCACCAAUGAGUACAUUUAGAGAAAGUGCACCCUCAGUUUCAAGUUUAUCACAAAAUGUUCAUUCACCAACAAUGUACAAUACACCUUUGAGCUCAACAUCAAUUCAGCAUAGUCCAGGUAUGCCAAACGAAGCUUUAGUCGGCAAAGCAUUGCAAGCCAUAUAUACUUCACCAGAACAAUGUAUUAGUAGCUUUAGCUCAAAUCCAUCAACUCCAAUUAAUUCACCACCGCCAUUGACAAAUCAAUCACAACCAAAUUCCCAUCACAUACUAUCGCAUACUAGCCAAAUGAGUGGUUCUAAUAAUCAUUGGACUUCACAUUUAUCACCUGAUAUGAAUAUAUUGCCAAAUUCUACAACAACUGUACCGCUGUCUUCCGCAUACUCAAAUACAUUAAAUGAUAGAGGCCUGCAAUUAACGAAUCCUCCAGACUUGCAACCGCUAACAGAUGCUAUUGGAUUUUUAAGAGGGCAAACUGACGGUUCAACGACAACACGAAUGGAAGAAAGAUUAGAUGAUGCUUUAAAUGUUUUACGAAAUCAUUGUGAAUUAAAUACAACUAUGAAUAACUUAGAAACAUCACCAUUUUUAGUAUCAAAUCAGAUGAAUCAUUCAAUACUUCAAGAUCAACCAGGUCCAAGUAAUACUCCCACGUCAAUCAAAAUUGAAAAAAAUAUUGCGGGCACAACUCCAGUCACUGCACCUACAGCUACAACCAUGCCUAAAAAACGUAAAGAUAAUACUGAUACUACUGAAUUAAAAGCUAGUAGCAGUUCAUUAGAUGGGAUGAGUAAACCAGCAAAGCGAAUGAGAAGAUAUAAAAAUUCUCGUAGUUGCUCAAGUGCCGAUGAAGAGGAUGAUGAUCCAACUUUAAAAGCUCAGAGAGAAAAAGAGAGAAGACAAGCAAAUAAUGCUAGAGAACGAAUUAGAAUUCGUGACAUUAAUGAAGCUCUUAAGGAGCUUGGUAGAAUGUGCAGUGCGCAUCUUAAAUCUGAUAAACCACAAACAAAACUGGGUAUUUUAAAUUUGGCUGUUGAAGUAAUCAUGUCUUUAGAACAACAAGUUAGGGAAAGAAAUUUAAAUCCAAAAGCUGCAUGUCUUAAAAGACGUGAAGAAGAAAAAGCCGAAGAUAGUGGAAACAUUCCUCAACAUAUGUUAUUAGCACAAAAUGCAUUUCCGCCAAUGCCAGGUCAAUCUUCAAGUUUGCCAUCAAAUCAUGGACAGCCACCAACGCAGUAGCAUUCUCCAUAUUAGAGAAAAACAAAAAAAACUGAUUGUAUAUAUUUAAAAAAGUUGAUGUUACAAAGAAUUUUUUUUUGUACUAAGAAAUAAUUAGUUUUUAAGCAAAAAAAAAUCUAUAUAGCUAUUCAAAAAUUUCAUUCAAAGAAGGCAAAAAUUUUCAAAAUCGAGAAAUUUGAAGGUCCAAAUGAGUAAAGCUAUUCGGAAUUAAUUUUAUUAAAAAUCAACUUUUUAUAUUAUUUGAGUCUUUGAUGCAUGUUUUAUUUAAUGAAUUUAUAAUUUUAAGGAUAUAGAACGUGCACAGUAUUAUGCAGCUAAUUUGGAUUUUAUUUUUAUUUUAUUUUUUUUUUUUUUGUCCAAGUAUAAGUGGUAUAGCUAGCAGUUGUUUCAAUUUGUUCUAUAAUAGUAAAACAAUUAAAUAUUACACAAAAUAUUAAACUUAAUAAAAUGUGAUGAUUAUUUAAUGAGAUAUGACAAAACAGAAAAAAUUAAAAAAAUAAUGUAAAAUUUCGGGAAGCAAUUUUUUUUUUUGUGAUAGUAUAUCAUUCAUUAUUUUGAACAUCCGCCGUAUCAUUUAUUGUAUUAUAAAUAAUUUUUAUCAUAAAAUUUUGAAUAAGUUUGAAACUUUUGAGAUAAUUUUAGUCGUACAAUUCAUACUUAAAACAACAUUAAAAUAAUCCUCCGUUUUUAUGAGGACAUCUUAAUUACUUAAAAGAAAGUAUGUUCUUGA